UCCACGAUGGCCGCUCUGCUGCUGCUGGCUCUUCUCGCCAUGGCUGGCCACGCCUCCCCGCAGCCCCACGCAGGCUGUUCGGUGGACGUAAACAAAUCCAAGAUGCCCUACCCUCAGCCGCUGCUGCUGAAGCCCGGCGGAAGCAAAGACGUGCACGGCUUCGUCACGCCGGACUCCUCGGGGAAAAUAUUGCUCAGGCAGAACCAGCAGAUCAUCGUCGCGUGUCCCGACAACGCCCUCGUGGUGACGAAACGGCCGCUGGCGACAGCCACCUGCUUCUCCGGCACCACCUUCACCAUCGGCAGUACGGCCUACAACUUCAGUGAUCUCCGAUGCGUGUCCCAGCCGAAACCAUCGGAGAGGAAUCCGGCCAAAACGUGCGGCAGCAGAAGUCAGUAUCAGGAGAUCCAGCUGGGCUUCCAGGUCGGCCCCGACUUCUACACGCUCAUCGACGCCUGCUUCGACGUUCGCUCCUACAGCACGGUGUACGACCACUUCACGAUGGUCCGCGAAAUAGGGGGCAGCCAGGCCGGUUUCCCCCGGCCCGACUGGUUGAAUGGCACCUUCUUCCCCAACAUUGACAUGGAUAAUCAAUACAGAAGGACCACGCAGAUCGACACGGUCGGCAAACUGCUGGAGGACCCUAACUUGGGGUCCAGGUACAUUUCUCUAACGACCGACUACUUCCUUUCCAAAGGACACCUCACUGCUAAGUCUGAUUUCAGCCUUGGCGCGCAGGAAUACGUCACAUUCUUCUACAUGAAUGCUGCACCGCAGUGGCAAACAUUCAAUGGUGGCAACUGGAAAACCAUGGAGGACAAUGUACAUUCCUAUGUUGCAAGAAACCUCGUCGAGCUGCAAAUCUACACGGGUACGCACGGAAUCACAACGCUGCCCAACAAGAGAAAUGCCGAGACGGAGUUGUACCUUUAUACUAACGGCACAAACUACAUUCCAGUGCCGAAGCUCUUUUGGAAGAUUCUGUAUAGAGAGGAUACUAAGGCAGCUGUAGUGUUCCUAGGUGUAAACAACCCGUACAUUAAGAACCCUGGCUCUGACUACUUCAUCUGCAAAGACGUAUGCACCAAGAUCAGCUGGUUAACCUGGAAGGCCAAUAACCAGAAGAUGGGCUACUCGUACUGCUGCGAAUAUGCAGACUUCAAGAGAGUGGUGGCCGACGCACCCAGCCUCACCGUUAACUCUCUGCUUACCUAAGCCUUUCAACUGGAAGGCACUUCGAAUUACAUUCAGAAAUCACAAGGAAGCCACACCACACGAAAUCCGUAUUCCGGACUUCUAUGGGAUCCAACAAAGAAUGUAAAUACAUCUGUAACUCUUUAUUUCGGUUAGCUCACAGUCCUUGAAUUUUACUGAUAUCAGAAUUUCACUUGAAGCUUCUUUGUGCCUUCUUUGAACGCAUAUUCCUAAAGUUAAGAGAUUAUCGCGACUUUUGAUUUACACAUUCCGAUUCUCUCUUGAAACUUAUGUCUACCAAAUAGAGUAAAUGUAUCCAGUACAAGUAAUUUUGCUAUAUUUGUGACAUAUUUAUUUUAGAGAAAGUUUGGUUAUUGGAUUGCAACAUGGGAAUACUAGCAAUUAUGUUUAUAUGGUAUACGGAGCACAGUUAAUUUCUCACUUUUUUCCGACUUUACUACUUAGGUGCAUGAUUAUAGAACAAGGUUACAGUGGAGGAAACAUGAUGAAUGUACAUGACAACAAAAUCCGAUGUAACGUAUUUCCUAACUUAAACAUAAUUUGUAUGUAUGAAUUUCUGAAAAAUAAAAGAAA